AUGCUUAAAUCAACGUAUAAACCAUCCACACAUCCCGACGCCCUCUCCCCACUACCUCCAGGAUGGACCGAACACAAAGCUCCUACGGGCCACACCUACUACUAUAAUGCCGCGACAAAGGAGUCCACCUACAAGCGACCAGCACCCUCAGUCUCUCAACCGACCCCUGCAGCUCCCCAGCCUUUCGCACCAGGGAUAUUCCCCGGCGCUUUCCCCCAACGACACCAAGCGAUCCCCAACUUAUCCGAUCCCGCCGUCGCCAACGCCUGGCUCGCGCGACAUCAAGCCCAAACCCGGCCGUCCCAUGUUCGCGACCAACGGGACUCGAGGCCAAAGCCCCGGCCGAACGAUAAGCCGAGAUCGAAAGAGCCCAUCCCCGGCUGCGAACCUUGGAUCCUAGUCUCGACCAAGUACGGGCGGAGAUUCGUGUAUAACCCGGAGAAGAAUGCUAGCUACUGGCGCAUACCUGAGAAGCUCAUGCCGGGCAUUUUGGAGCUCGAUAAGGCUAGAGUAUUAGCGAAAGCGGGAAAAGUAGAGAAGAUGGAGACGCAGGAGGAGGGCGCUCCGCAAGAGUCUACUUCGAAAUCCCAAGAGGCGGUAGCUCCCAUUGCUACUACAAAGGCGGCGGAUGAAUUAUAUGACAGCUCUGAGUACGAAGAAGUCGAGGUUACUGACGAGGAGGCCGAGGAAGGCGACGAAGUAGAGCUCGUAGAGGAUGAAGAGGCCGACGAACAUCGCUCGAAGCGGCAGCGAACCGAAGAUGUUGCGGACGAGGAGAUGGCAGACUUUGACGAGGAGGAGUUGGCUCUUCAGUUGCAGCUGAUGGCUCAAGAACAAGCGAUGGAGCAAGGAAACUACGGCUAUGAGGAGGAGAUUCCAGAAUUCUCGGAAGAGGACGCCAGCGAACUUUUCAAAGACUUGCUCAACGACUUCAAGAUCAACCCCUACAGCUCCUGGGACAAGCUCAUCGAGGAGGGCAAGAUUGUCGACGAUCCCAGGUAUACCGUCUUACCAACUACAAAGGCUAGGAAGGACGUCUGGGAGGAGUGGUCCAGGGCCAAGAUCCGGGAACUAAAGGAGCGCAAGGAGAAGGAAGAGAAGCCAGAUCCACGAGUGACAUACAUGCUGUUUUUGGAGAAGAACGCGACGCCGAAGCUUUACUGGCCAGAGUUCAAGCGGAAAUAUCGAAAGGAGGCUUGCAUGAAGGACUUUGCCCUGUCAGACAAGGACAGGGAAAAAUGGUACCGGGAGUUCAUUAACAAACUGAAGCUGCCCCAAUCGACGCUCAAGGCUGAAUUGACGACAUUCCUGAAGAGCCUACCACUGGCGGUCCUCAACAACUCCUGCGACCGGUCUCCGCUCCCUCCCGAGGUGCGGGCCGACACCAGGUUCAUGGCUCUACCCGAGACUGUCCGGAAUCCUUUGAUCGAGGCUUAUGUGCAAACCUUGGGACCUCCUCCAGGCGGAGAAGAACAGGCACCGGGGCCGAGCGCGGAAGACGCCAAGGCCAAGGAGGCGAGGGAGAAGCGUGAGAGGGCGCUAGACCAGAGGAAUAAGGCUAUUGAGCAGCAGAAGGAGAGGGAUAGGCGGAAUCUUGGUGCCGCCCUAUCCAGAAAUGCUCCACCAAAUCCAGCGAGCCAACUCGAGAGCCGUCGAAUAAAAUUCCUUGACCACCUGCAAUUCUCUCCCCAAGUUAGCGAUGGGAUUCCCAGCAGCAAUACCAAGAAGGCCAGGGCUUUCCCCCCAGUCAACCCUUAUGCUGAAAGAGCUUGGGGCCCCGGAGCAGGUUUCGGCCCCGCCGGAGGUCCGCCAGCGGGGAUCAAUGUGAAUUCCGGCUUCAAUCCCGAGAAAGCAGCGCGUGUGCGCAAUGCCCACGGCGCUGUAGCCGCCAUCACCAUGGUUGGAAUUUUCCCAAUCGGCGCCAUCCUCACUCGAACGAGGGGAAAAGUCUGGCUCCAUGUAGGAAUCCAGGCGUUUGGCCUGGUAGGCCUUCUUACGGCCGUGGCGCUUGGGAUAUCUUUGGGGAGGGACAUGAGGAACCCGAGAACGGGGCGAACUGUUAUCUCUCGGCCCAAUAUCGGGUUCCACCUUGUUAUUGGCAUCAUCGUGUUCGUUGCGCUCCUGCUCCAGCCUAUUCUGGGGCUCCUCCAUCAUCGACAGUUUAAGAAGACGGGAACUCGACAGGUGUGGUCUCGCUUUCACCUAUGGGUCGGACGUGCCGCUCUCACGGCUGGGAUAAUAAACGGCGGCUUAGGUCUAUGGGUUUCUGGUGCUGGAAAGACCGGCACUGUUUCAUAUGGUGUCGUAGCUGGUGUUGUCUGGCUAAUAUGGGUGGUUCUCGCGAUUCGGGAUGAGACGGGCCGGAUCGCAGGAGUCCGGAGAGAGACUAGCUCGAGGAAUGACGAAGUCAUGGGCUAA